CGCUGCGGGUGUGACACGCACUGAGAAUGUAAACAAAUCACUCAAACCUACAGUCGACUGUGAAAUGAUACAUUAUUUCAUCAUUUACUAAAUGCUUUUAGAUACAAACAACUUGUCGUUUAUGUAUGUAAUGUAUUUUUAACGGUUGACGGCGGUUGACACCUUGCGGCUGACUCGUCAUUUCUCCAUUUGAAAAUGGUAUACCAUAUUCCCUGGAUCUACACACCAGUGCGGACUGUCCUGGCCAUCUGGCACCAGCUGACCAAGACCGAGAUGCCAGAGCUGGCCAAGUGCUCUGUACUGAUGAGGGAGCGCAGCAGAGUGGAGGAGACGAUCCACGCCAUGCAGCGAGCAGGUGCAGGUAGUCUGCAGGUAAUCUCAGACUUUGACAUGACGCUGACCAGAUUCGCUCACAAUGGCAAGAGAGUGCCCACCACCCACAACAUCCUGGAUAACCGGUUGUUGAUUAAUGAAGACUGCACUAGAAAGAUGAGGGAGCUGUUGAACACCUACUAUCCCAUAGAGAUUGAUGCAAGCCGGAGUGCUGAGGAGAAGCUGCCUCUCAUGGUGGAGUGGUGGACCAAAGUUCAUGAGCUGCUAAUUGAGCAGAAGAUCAGAAGGGACAUGCUCGCCCAUGCUGUCAAGGAAUCCAGUGCUAUGCUCAGGGACGGCUACAAAGUGUUUUUUGAAUGUCUCGCUGAGCACCAGGUUCCUCUGUUGAUCUUCUCGGCUGGUGUUGGAGACGUCCUGGAGGAAGUGAUCCGACAGAACCACGUCUUCCAUCCCAACAUCCACAUCAUCUCCAACUACAUGGACUUUGACCAAACUGGGGUCCUGCAAGCCUUCAAAGGUCAACUGAUCCACACUUUCAAUAAGAGGGAAGGUGCUCUGUCACAUGCAGCUGGCCUCAGGGAGCUGCAGGGUCGACCCAACGUGGUGCUAAUGGGAGACUCUCUGGGAGAUCUGACCAUGGCUGAUGGGGUGUCGGAGCCUCAGAAUGUCCUGACCAUCGGCUUCCUGAAUGACCAGGUGGAAGAGAGGAAGGAAUCGUACAUCAACUCCUUUGAUGUCGUGCUGGUGAAAGACGAGACGCUGGACGUACCGAAUGCUAUCCUCAGAUACAUCACCUCUUCAAGAGACGAGUAAGACACACAAGUGGACUUGUUCACGCCAUACAGUGUUGCAUACUGGACAAUCGCACAUCAUCACUUACCUCAGACCAGAUUUUGAAACUUUUUUAACCUGUGUCCACUGAAGCGGGUUAAUGGUGCAAAUCUCUCACAAUCUGUCCUUGGAACUCUUUUUUAUUUUUACACUUACAGUGUUUUGACUUGUCCAGAGGUUUAAAAGAUCUAAAUUAGGUCAUUUAUUUGCAACUUAAGUUUUGUAAAAUUUGUGAUUUAUGUCAGCCAAGUAGAUUUUUAUUGUUGUGUUGGCUACAAGGUAAUCAUUUUCCUGACUGUCAGGGUAGAAACAGUAGCACCAGAAUGCAACAUGCCACCUUAACAUAACUCAGUGAAAGAAGAACUUAUAUUGUAUUGUUUCAAAUACAUAGUGUUUACUAGUAGCCCUCCUUUUGAAAACAAAUCAGCAACCUCUUGAAACUAUGCAGUGUAUUUCUAAUUUUCUGUAGCACAAAAUACUUUCUAAUUUUUACUUUGAUGUUUAACUGUAUGAGGAUUUACAGUGUGCUCACAUACAAGCAAAGGUGUAACAUUUUGUAGCUGUCUCUUUAUCUGCCAAGUCCUCUGCUUCAUAUUGACAUUGCUGCUCUGGUGUGUUUUGUGUAUUACCUCUGUGUACUUAAUGCUCCAGACUACAUAUACUGUACUGUACAUAUAGGGAAUUAAUAUACAGGCAGUAGGUAAG